GCGGUGUCCGCGCCUCCCCGCCCGCCCCGAUUUCCUCCGCGCAGUGGCGGCGGUGGUGGCGGCGGCGGCGCCUCGUGCGUGCGGUUAUUUAUUUAUUUCCGGGCUCCAGAGCGCUUAUAAUGGAGCCGCUGUCAGCAGAACCUUCUGCUGCCGCCACCGCCGCCGCCGCCACCGUCCCUCCUCUUUUUUUUCCCGGCAGAUCUUUGUUGUGUGGGAGGGCAGCAGGGAUGGACUUGAGCUUGCGGAUCUCCUGCUAGAGCCGCCGCGCUCGGAGAGGACGCCGCCGCCGCCGCCGCCGCCGCCGCUGCCUCGAGGCCCCGCCGGAGCCGGCCUGCGUCCGCCCGCGCCCCUGCCCGCUCGGCCCGCUCGCCCCGCGCCUCCUGCAGAGUCCCCUCGCGGCGGCAGAUGUGUGUGGGGUCAGCCCACGGUGGGGACUAUGGUGAAAUUCCCGGCGCUCACGCACUACUGGCCCCUGAUCCGGUUCCUGGUGCCCCUGGGCAUCACCAACAUAGCCAUCGACUUCGGGGAGCAGGCCUUGAACCGGGGCAUCGCGGCUGUCAAGGAGGAUGCAGUGGAGAUGCUGGCCAGCUACGGGCUGGCCUACUCCCUCAUGAAGUUCUUCACGGGUCCCAUGAGUGACUUUAAAAACGUGGGCCUGGUGUUUGUGAACAGCAAGCGGGACAGAACCAAAGCCGUGCUGUGCAUGGUGGUGGCCGGAGCCAUCGCCGCCAUCUUUCACACCCUGAUAGCCUACAGCGACCUGGGCUACUACAUCAUCAAUAAACUGCACCACGUGGACGAGUCCGUGGGGAGCAAAACGAGAAGGGCCUUCCUGUAUCUCGCCGCCUUCCCUUUCAUGGACGCAAUGGCAUGGACCCAUGCUGGCAUUCUCUUAAAACACAAGUACAGCUUCCUGGUGGGAUGUGCCUCAAUCUCAGAUGUCAUAGCUCAGGUCGUUUUCGUAGCCAUCUUGCUUCACAGCCACCUGGAGUGCAGAGAACCCCUGCUCAUCCCGAUCCUCUCCUUGUACAUGGGCGCCCUGGUGCGCUGCGCCACCCUGUGCCUGGGCUACUACAGGAACAUCCACGACAUCAUCCCGGACCGGAGCGGGCCGGAGCUGGGGGGAGAUGCCACAAUAAGGAAGAUGCUGAGCUUCUGGUGGCCAUUGGCUCUCAUCUUGGCCACACAGAGAAUCAGCAGGCCCAUCGUCAACCUCUUCGUUUCCCGGGACCUCGGUGGCAGUUCUGCAGCUACGGAGGCGGUAGCAAUUUUGACAGCCACGUACCCCGUGGGUCACAUGCCAUAUGGCUGGUUGACGGAAAUCCGCGCUGUCUACCCUGCUUUUGACAAGAAUAACCCCAGCAAUAAGCUGGUGAGCACAAGCAACACGGUCACGGCGGCCCACAUCAAGAAGUUCACGUUCGUGUGCAUGGCCUUGUCGCUAACGCUCUGCUUUGUGAUGUUCUGGACCCCCAACGUCUCCGAGAAAAUCCUGAUAGACAUCAUUGGUGUGGACUUCGCCUUCGCAGAACUCUGCGUCGUUCCUUUGCGAAUCUUCUCCUUCUUCCCGAUUCCAGUCACCGUGAGGGCCCAUUUCACCGGGUGGCUGAUGACACUGAAGAAGACCUUCGUCCUGGCCCCCAGCUCCGUGCUGCGGAUUAUCGUCCUCAUCACCAGCCUCGUGGUCCUGCCCUACCUGGGGGUACACGGAGCCACCCUGGGUGUGGGCUCCCUCCUUGCAGGGUUUGUGGGAGAAUCCACCAUGGUCGCCAUUGCCGCAUGCUACGUCUAUCGGAAACAGAGAAGGGACGAGAUUAACCAGGGAGUGAAUGGAGGUGGAGAAGAGAAGGGGUCCAGGGGUAUACCUCUGGGGGACACCACUGUGGGCCCCCCCAGCCAUGGCAGCCAGGUGGUGACAGCUGAGAUUGGCGGAGAUUUGGACCUAACCAAGAAAAAGAAGACGGAGAAUGAGUCAGCCGUGGACGGGGAGGACUCGGCCAUGACGGACAUACCUCCAGCCGAGGAGGGGACAGACGUCGUGGAAAUGAGAGAGGAGAAUGAAUAAGGCCCAGGACGCGGCGCUGCGGGGACAGUCGAGAUGACACUCAGCCUCAUCUCCUCUCCCACUGAGUUCCGUUCCCUUUUGGUUUCGGUUUCGGUUUCAGACACGCAAGAGGCCUUGAUUUAAAGGUUUCCCGCACACUCUCCGGCAUACUGGGUAUGCUCACACGCAGGCGGGGACCUGGGCAAUGGUCUUCGCCAUCGCUUUGUAAAAACCAACGAAACAGUUGACUUCAUGCCCCCGCUUCAUGAAAACCCAAAAGACGUAGCUGCCUCUAGUCCGAGUGGACGCCCCCACCCUCGGACAGUCUCCACUCGGAACCAAAGGACCACGGCUCUGCCCUCCAACACCCCACGGCCACCGCUGCCCGGCAGGCCCCGCCCUGCCCCCUGUCCCUUUGCAUCUCUCUCAAGAAUCAGCAGGUUACAACUUGGCUUUCUGCGGUGGGCUUCGCAGUCACAUGGCUAUGCGGAGAGAGGGAAGCCAGCCAGGUGGCCUUCCUCUGUGGAGUCAUCAACUGCCCACUGCACAUGUGCAGAGGAUCCACCGGUGCCCCCCUUCCCACGGAAGAGGGGACGUGUGGACGCACUGGGCAGGUGGAUGGGAAUGACCUCCUGUGGGAAAGUCUGAGAUGCCACAGGAGCAGCCGGCUGACGACGUCCCACGCCCGCAUCUCACCCGGCCUCCUCUGGGAGGGAGCGAGCUCCCACACCGUGCCCGCCGUGUACUUACCCAGCUAACCUGAGCGUCCUCGCAGAAGCGCUUCUCCAAAUUUCAGCAUCCUUCCGCAUGGCUUCCCCCGAAGGCUUGUUCUUCACCCGCCCUCCUGAAGAGGGCGCUAGAGCAAGGGAAACGGAGCAUUCUAACUCUGCGUGUUAGUUUUUACAGUGAACUGAAGCUUUAAGUCAUAAUCUCAUUCUAAUGCCAGGUUGCCGUAUUGUAACUUUUGAAGUAGAUGUAUUACCUGGUUCAGCCAUUCUUAGUCAUAACCGUGCGGUACAGGUAAUUCCAGUGUACUCCCCCUCUCACCACAGGAUAAAAGAAGACAUUUUAUAAACAAUAUCAAAGUCACUAUGUGAUACUCCCUGAGAUGACACAUUUGAAAUCCAUUUAGUGCAGUCUAUUUUUCUAAGUUUUGGAAAGCGGGUUUUUUCUUUAAAAAAAAAUAUGGACACAGUUCAGUAAAUUCUUGAUUUCGACAAAAUUCCUAGACUGAAAGAACCUAGACACAAAAAAUAUUUUAAAGAUAUAAAUAGAUACUGUAUAUGUUAUGUAAUUUAUUUUAGGCUAUAAUACAUUUCCUAUUUUCGCAUUUUCAAUAAAAUGUCUCUAAUACAACACG